CGGCCCACCACACACGUAUAUAUACCGGCGGGGGAAGACGAGGUAUUUUGACCUGGGGAUGGGUAGCGGAAUGCAGAGUUGUCGUUAAAGAAUCGAAAUUACCGGACUAAACGCGGAGGAAUGCUUUAAAUAGGAUUUUAAACUAACGCUAACCCGUAGGCUCGGUCCAGCCCGGCACUGGUCCGUCUUCCUGACCGUCGGUGGUGACUCACGGAGCUCGGGCCGUUCACGGAGCAUUAGUGACCGGCGGUCGGAUAUAUCAACCGAACCGAAGGACCGACAGGAUUUCAGCAUGAAGUUCAAACCGAACCAGACGCGAACGUACGACCGGGAGGGAUUCAAGCGGCGGGCGGCGUGCCUGUGCUUCAAGAACGAACGGGAGGAUGAGGUGUUGUUGGUCAGCAGCAGCAGAAACCCGGAUCAGUGGAUCGUUCCCGGAGGAGGAAUGGAGCCGGAGGAGGAGCCGUGUGGAGCCGCGGUUCGGGAGGUCUUUGAGGAGGCUGGUGUGAAGGGUAAAUUAGGACGUUUGCUCGGCGUGUUUGAGCAGAACCAGGACCGGAAACACCGGACGUACGUGUAUGUGCUGACGGUCACAGAGACGCUGGAUGACUGGGAGGACUCUGUCAAUAUUGGCCGUAAGCGGGAGUGGUUCCCCAUCGAUGAGGCCAUCGAGGUUCUGCAGAGCCACAAACCCUUUCACGCCGAGUACCUGAGACGCCUUCGGAUCACCAACGGCAACCUCCUCCUCCCACAAACAUCUCCCAGCAGCCUCACACCACUGUUCAGCGCUCCGGCAUCAGCUGCCCGCAGAUAGGACACACACACACACACACACACCAGCACCAAACCACCAUUCCCUGGAGACACAGCGCCUCUCAGGAACCUUUGGGACGUUCUCUAGAGGGACAAACCAAAGUCGUUACUGAGGCUUUGUGGGAUUUUUAGUGAAGAAUGCCUUAAUUUUGGUUUUUGGAAACUGUUACUAAUUGGUUUUAGUUAAUGAUUGACCAGCUUCACAAACCAGUUACAUGGAAGAAGUGCACUUCCAUUUCCCCUCAAGAGCUCGGCAUUCUUGGGAUUGUGAUGUAGGGAAUGUCAGUUUCAUCCCAUGCGGCGUCA